GUAUGAGACAAUUUUUUAAGUAUGGGGUUGCAAUACUGUUAUCAUGAAUCGUCGAUUGUUACAUUGGCCCUCUAAAUAAAUUUACGCCUAGCCUAUGAAUUUGAUAAGGAAGUGUUUACAUGUAUGGAGUAUAAUGGGUUCGAUGUUAAUGUUUACUUCCACACUUCAAGAAGUGGCGAUUAAAGCAAAACCUAAUAGCUUCGAAUCCACCGUUGCCGUUCCCGGCGGCGGCUUUCUCUCUUUCCGAUGGGGAAGUCUCAGCGGUCCCCGCCGAAGAAACCUUCUCCUAAGCUCCCUCCCACCGCUGUUCCAACUUCGAUUCCUUCUCGUGUUCCUCCGCCGCCUUCUGUUUCCUCUGCGUCUCCGGUGGCUUCUGGUUCGAAUCCUCCGGCUUCGCUUGUGGCUUCUCCGGUGGCCUCUGGUUCGUCUGCGAUUCCUCCGGCUUCUCCUGUGGUUUCUACUGCGGCAACGUUGGGUCCUCCAAUCACGGGAUCUGUGACUGCUCCUGUUUUUGUUGUUGAAACAAAUGUUGCUGCGAGCUCGGCUACUAACUCUAAGAUCCCUGAACCUGGAUCCAAAGCCCAGCUUCUGGAUAUUGACUCUUCCUCACCGGUUGACUCAGCUUCACCUAUUCUCAAAAGUCCCUGGGUUGACGUUGUGAAAGGACCUUCUUCGAAAAAUUGUCCCAGGAAAAAAAAAUCCUCUGGACACGCAAAGAGCAAAGGCAAAUCUCAGUGGAUUACUGAUGUAGUAGAACCUAACACCGAGUUUCUCUCCUCUUCAAUCCCGAAUGAAGGAGCUGCCAUUGACUUGGGUUCAGUAGCAGUUAUUGAUGCAAGUAAGAAUGUGGAUGUCGUUCAUUAUUCAGAAGCGAAGGAGCUGCCUUCUUCAGACACGAAUGUGAUGGCUACUCCCGCAAAGGUUUUUUCAAUUAUCACUACCUCGGCUUCAGUGGUCCAAUCUAGUGCUAAUUCUUUUCGCAUAGCUUCUAGUUCAAAUAAAUUUGCAGUGCUGGAUUUAGCAUCGGAUGUGGUACUGCCUGAUGAUUCAGAAGGAGAUUUUUCUUCCGGGUCGGAUGAUUCGGAUGAGGAUCUCAUUUUGAAUCUUAAGUCAUCAUUUUCAGAAAAAUAUCUACAUGACAGACCGUUGCAAUUGCCGAUCAAGGCAAUAAAUAUGGGUCGUGGAGGAAGAGGAGGGGGAAGACGCGGUCGAGGGAAUCGGGGUCGACGAGGUGGGUUUGGCUGAACCCACUAAAUCGAUUCAUGUUUC